AUGGCCGGCAUGACCGUCAAGUAUCGCUCGCACGUGCUCUUGGUCUUCUUCGGCGUCGCACUGCUUGGUGCAAGCGAGGAAGGGUACGGCGUCACGGGUCUGCAGGCGUGUAUGGAAUCGCUAGGCGGCGUCGGAUACUGCGAGGACAACGAGGACGGCGGGAUCAUGAACAUCGUGCACUUGUUCCGCAAUAGUGUCGUCGAGACGAUCUGGGAAGGCACCAUGAGUGUCGUGGCCGAGGACGUGUAG